GGGCCAAUGUUCAGCACUCAGGCUCGCGGGGCACAGGGCGCUACCUGUACGCACAGUGCGUGCCACUUGGUCUUAACCUCCUGCAGCUCGUGUGGACUCUUAAGGAUUCAACUCUCACGCUGGAAACCUAUGAGUACCCCAGACGUUUCGCAGCGAAGGAGCCCUGUGCGCCAUGAAUCUUCACCCGACUGGCCCCCGACACCCGACGCCCUGAGGCCUUCAGCCUUCCCGCACCCCGUGCUGCAAGCCCUCUACAGCUUAUCUCGUAUGCUGCUCUUCCCGGCCUACUGGUCUCUGGACCAGCUGCUAGGCUGCUGGGCACCAACGGUGCAACCCAGCAGCUUAGGUUGGCUCAAAACCCUAGCAGGAAGUGGGGCGGCGUUGCUAUCGCUGGUGGUAGUCGGCCUACCCAUGGCUCUGUUCGGCUUGGUGCUCUGGCUGCCCCUGCAGGUCUGGCGCCGCCCCUUCUGCUAUCAGCCUCCUCCGGCAAACUGGGUGUGGCCACAGCCCUGGCACCCGCCUGCUGAGCGCGUGCGCUGCUUUGUCUUUCUCACUGCUAACCUGUGCCUGCUCCCUGACGGGCUGGCACGCUUCAGCAACCUGUCGCACAGCCAGCAGCGUGCGGAGGCCAUUGGCGCCGUAUUGCUAGGUAGCCUUCAAAAGUCAGAGUAUGGGGUUACCGGGUGCAGCCAGCCGCUGCCCGAGGGGCCUGACGGUGUGCUGAGGGCCACAAUACCUAUGGAUUUGGACUUCGUGUGCCUCCAGGAAGUCUUCGACCUCCGCGCAGCUCGUCGUCUUGUGCACAUCCUGGUGCCAAACCUGGGCCCGGUGCUAUACGAUGUGGGCACGUUUGGCUUGGUGUCUGGGCCGUACAUCAAGCUACUGGGUAGUGGGCUCCUGCUGGCCUCGCGCUACCCGCUGCUGCGUGCUACCUUCCGUUGCUUUCCUAACGCUCGUCGCGAGGACGCCAUGGCCUCCAAAGGUCUAUUAUCUGCCCAGGCGCAGCUAGGCAUCCUGGAUGGGCGCCGCAUCGUGGGAUACCUUCACUCUACACACUUGCAGGCGCCCCGUGAGGAUGGGCAUAUUCGGUGCAAACAGAUGGCGCUGCUCCUGGAAUGGGCGAAGGAGUUUGAGGCUGAGAGCCUCCAGAGCGGUGAGACCGUAGCCUUCAGCGUCGUCCUGGGAGAUCUGAAUUUCGACAACUCCUCACAAAUUCACGCCAAGGAGCAGGGGCAUAAACUCUUCAGGCGUUUCCAGGAUCCCUGUCGGCUGGGCACCUGCAAGGAGCAGCCCUGGGCCUUGGGGACAAUCUUGAGAACUUCCACGCUGCACCACUCCAUUGCCAGCUCCCCAGAGAUGCUUCGGGAGGCCCUGGAGGAGGAAAAAGGGCGACGCCUCUACCUGGCAGGAGCCCCUAAUAGAAGGCGCUCAGGUACAUCCUGGAAGGGCCGGCGUCUGGACUAUAUCAUCUAUCGGGGAAUGCCUGGGAGUCCCCUGAGUCCGGAGGUGGAGCAGGUGACCUUCAGUACUGCCCUGGCGGGGCUCACAGACCACUUGGCUGUGGGCCUGAAGCUUCAAGUUGUGUGCUCCUGAGAGCACAGACAAGGGGACAAGCGAGAGAGACCACCACGAGGAGCCGGGAUCAAUAACCGUGUGACUCAACAGAUCUUUAUUGUGGGGCACUCACACAGCUUCCUGGGCACGGCGGUACUCAUAUACACUGCCCCGCUCAAGGAAAGCCGGAAAGAGCGGGGGCGAGCCUGGUGGGGGCGCUGGGUCCUCUGGGUCUCCAUAGCCCCCACCGCCAGGCGUGUGAAGGCAGAAAACGUCCUGUGAAGAGCAGGUUCAACACACGUGUGGGCCUUGUCCCAGUAGGACAUAAUCAGGGUGGUACCCUAUUUCCGUUAGGGAGCCAAAUUAAAUUUUUAUCUCUAUUUAACCA